UUUCCCUUCAUAAAUCAUAUUACGCAAUUAUAACUAUCGCCGUUUAAAAUUUACUUGUCAUUGCCGUCGAUAUGUCACAAUCGAUACCUGCGCAAGCGUGCACUUGAUCAAUCGCAUGCAAGCAACAUGGCGGCUGGCGAUAAUCGCUUUCGCGCCUUUUCCAGCCUUUUCUCAGCUGUUGACGUCACGACCAUCACGUGGAUGUCAACAAACGGACCAACUUUUUCAGAUUUUAUGAAAAUAUCACGGAUCGAGUGUAAUAACCGGUAGCGACGUGAAAUGCCAAGGUGACAUAUAAUGGAAGAGCGAGUAAUAAAACGAACCAAGUCCACGAAGGAAUCAGCUAUCUCUGACAUUGUCUCUUCUAUCGAUAAAAUAACCAACUCUCUUAAAUCUAUCAGCGAAAGCUACAGCAACAUUCUGAGUGUGAACACUGCUGUUGUUACAUAUUUGUACAACACUGAGAAACGUGAAAAGGCGAUAAAUCAAAGUAUAGAAGAUACAGAUUCUACAUUAAUAAGAGAGGAACAAUAAUUGAGCGGAAAAUGGUCAAUGAACAUGCCGAAGCAAUUUCAAUUGCCAACUAUUAUUUCAUGUUGGUCGAUGGAAUGGUUCCCGGUUUUAAGGAUCAUCUUGCAGAGCAUGUAGUACUCAAAUGGUUCGGGAACGUGAUUACAGGAAGAAAAAAAGUAACUACCUUCUUGCUGUCCAAUAAAACGGAAUCUGUACACAAAUUUCCUGAUAUUAUGCCAAUUUCCGGUAUCUCUCACAAAAGCAAACAAUCAAAUUGGAAGAUAAAACAGUCCUUAGAACAGAAUGAUAACUGCGGAACCUACAUGAGCAAUUAUUUACCGGCUUGUUCUUCACACGAGAGUGAAAUGUCAACGACCCACGUAAAAGAUUGUGAUGACCAGAAAAGCAAUGCGAACGAUGCAACUUCCAUAGAUAAAGCAGCUUCUAACGAAUUUCAAGAUAAAAAAGGAAAAGAAAAACUGAAAACUUUUACAGAUUGUAAGGAUAUGAAUACCAAUAUCGACAUGCAUCAAAACAAAUUUAGUGCAAUCGCCGAGAUGGAUGACCAGAGUUAUGAUCUUAAUAGGGACGAUCUCUAUAAUCUUUUCAAGCCCGAGAUUACGUCUCAGCCUGUCGUCGGCAAGAACAUUAAUAGGAUAAAAUUGAAAGAGGAAAUGGCACCAACCGUCAGAGCCAUCAACAGAGAGCUUGAUCAAGAAGAUGGACCUGUUACUGCUGAUGCUAACACGACUAACAAUAAGUACCUGGAAGCGAAUGGAGAAAUAAAAUUUAUACGAAUAAAUACACAAACAGAUUCUCUGUAUUGGUCAAAUUCAUUUAUUAAAAAGAAAACCUGGAUACGAAAAUGCAAAUUGCAGAUCACGUAUUCGCUUCUAAAUGAUGUCGAUUCGUCGAAGGUUGCUAGAAAAUGCCAUAAUGCACAGAAAAAUAAUUGUGUUGCUCGUAAAUCGGAACUUUCGACUAAGGUAUGUCACGAUACAGAUAAAACACAGGAAAGUAAAUUACCAAAUUUAGAAGAGGCGAUACAAAUUAGCAAUACAUUAAUACCAGAUGUAAAUCAUUUCGGUGGUUAUCUACAACCUUUAAACUUCUUAGAGGAUCGCGAAGAUUUUUUAAAACUUUUCGAGGCUGAAAUAGCGAAAAAAAAUUCCAAUACGCAUUUUUGCUUGCGUUACGACAACAAUAAAUUGAUUUCCAAUUGUCCAAAUAAAAAACCAUUUAAUGUCAUGUAUCAAAUUCAUGAGAUCGUUUAUUCGAAGGCCCAAGUUAAUACACCUAAUACCCAAGAAAUAACAAUAUAAAACUAUAUAUAUCGCACAAGCUUGUAUGACGAUGAUUGCACGUAUUUGCUCUUGGUUAGAUAAUAUCGUCAGGGGAAUCAAUUGACCGGAUAUGCGAAUUUUCAUUUGUAACGGAAAGGCUGUUUCCUGUGUUAAUCGAAAAAUCAUUUAACUUUUGCAAGGUUGAAAAAAUAUAUUUUAAGCAUGCAAUAUUUAUUUUAUAAUUACAUAGUAUUUCAUAGUAAUGCAC